AUGGAGACCCAGAUUAGAACGCCUAGCCUACGACAGAGCUGCCGCUUUUGUCGGGGUCGAAAGAUUAGAUGUUCUGGCGGACGUAUCUGUAAAGCUUGCCUAGACCGUAAUAUCAACUGCGUCUACGGCCCUGAAGCCCGCAAGGGCCGACCAAAGCGCAAAGGAACGGAGGACCAGUGCACCAUUAACCCGGGUGUCAGCAAGCGCGACAGGAAGCAGUCCACUUCAUUGAUUAAUGCUGCAGUAUCCGGCAUUCUGAGGGAUGAUCCGGUGGUGCAUGCGUCAGUGGCCCUCAAGAAGGUUCACACAUUGGGUAACGACUUAGAGCAGAUGUUUGAUGAUUACUUUAUCAGCAAGACUGGAUCGGAAUCCAAUCUUCUUCAGUUGUCUAUAAGUUCUUUUCAGAAACGUCAACAGCGAUCGUAUACUUCGAUACCACACAUCCAUCCUACAUACCAUCAGGCAAACUAUGAAGAGCUCUUAUCCUCCAUUGCCCAAGAGAUGGUGGAAAUGCUUCUCCUGCGCGUUGGCUCUUUGAGAUGUGGACAACCGGAGGGCAACCGAAACUUCUUUAUUGCUAGUCUAGUGGCUGACACGACACCGUCCAUGUUCGACCCUCCACAGCAUCAUAAUCCUCUAACAGCUCUAGGAAAGCAUCGCAUCUUGCAGCUGAUUGACAUGUGGUUUUCGGUGCAUCCUCUGUCGCCACUGGUAUCAAAAACCUUGCUCACUGGUGAAGUUAAGGAUGGGACAGUGGACGAGGCUCUAUUGGCAAUAAUUUUGGCUGAUGCGUGUCAUGUUUUAAGUGGUGACAGCGAGCAGCAUGGAGCUAUAAGUGAUGAAUCCCAGAAGUUGUCUGAGUUCGCUUCCAUCCAAAUCAAGCAGCGCCAGCUACCACUUGACGACACAGAGGCCCUCUCCACUGUACAAGCCUUGUUUCUCAUAGCAUGGAGAGAAUUGUGCUUGGGACAUGCCCGGCGAGCAACCUGCAUUGUGGGCUAUACAUGCUAUAUGGCCUCACGCUUAGAAAAAACAUGGAAGAAUGCCGACAUGAAGAGCGUAAAAUUAAAUGGUGUUGAUAUUGACCUGGUCAAAAAAGAGGUCCUGCAAAAUGUUCACUGGUUAUGCUUAACCACCACCACCUGGGCGUUCAUGCAAUUUGAUCAGGCCCUUGCGCUCUUCGGCCCUGACGAGAUCCCUGAUUUUCCCUGCCUGGAUGAGACCACUUCCGCCCUGAUACGCUUAGACCAGGCGUCUGAUAACAUAUCUACGCUGCCGGCACAGAUACAAGCCUUACGAUAUUUAUGGCCUCUCAGCCAUAUCUCCAGUACGGUGUCUCACAUCUAUAUUCUGUAUCUCAAUAUGCCUGCCAAGGGAGUCCCAAAAACCUCAUGGCAGGAGCAGCAUGUUCACCAGUUAUACGAUCUCCUUCAGUCUUGUGCUGAUUUCCCCACGUUGUCGGCUAAGAUUAGAGAUGUCCUCCUUCAGGCGGUGCAGGCUGUGGAGAGUCAAAUCAAGACAUUGCCUUCACAACUUUACUUGUUAACUGCCUACCAUAUCAUAAUCGCACACAUGUUAUUCUCCAAGAAUAAAACGGACCAAAAGUCGUUGAGAAUAUCGUCUACGAUCAUAAAUGCCUUCUGCCAGUCUGCAUCGGCACUUCUGGCCCUUUCGUAUCGCUCCCUAGAUCCGUCAAAGGGUAUAAUGCCGGUACAGAGGGAAGGAGGGAUGGCAUUUAUCAAUAUGCUUGUCCUGGGGCUCGAUACGUGUAGUAGAGCCCUAGUUCAUAUUUAUGACCAUCUCAGCCGUGGUUUGAUUAACGGUCAAAAAGAACAUACAGCAAUCAAAGAAGAUCUAGCGAAUUAUGCUGAUAAAUUUCAUCAAAUUUGUAAAAGCGAUGCGGUCUCACGAUGUGGAACCGUAAUGCGGCCCGUUAAGAAACGGCUCAAAUGGGCGAAAUUGGCAUUUCAACACCUUCAGAUACUACCUGAGCCCCAGCAAGUACUUUCAUCUGCCCAGCACGGGGCCUCUGGCUCGACUAUAUCCUUAAAUCUCGGCUGGCCCCAUAUUGAUGGCUUGCUGUUAGAUCCCGCCUUUGCUACUGCCCGACCUGGAGAUAUGUCAUCGUCAGAUAUAGUUUCCGAUGCGCUCUUGGUGGACCGGCAGCCGGUUUCAGGCAUUACUGACCCAUUCUUUGUUGUAGAUGACCCCAUAAUCAACACGCUUCUAGGCUUUCCGGGGGUUACUGAUGCCCAUGAGCAGUUCUAUCAAAACCAUACGUACCUCCAGCCGAGCAAGCUGAGCAUAGGGUCGGAGCAAGAGCUUCUCCGCACUCCAAAUUCAACAUCCUUGCUUCCAGGCGACGGAGAAAGUCUAGACUUGGUGUAUCGUGGCGCCAGGCGUUCGCCUUUGAGUCUCGCCAAUACCGAUGACCGCCCGAAUGAGCUUAACUCUACGCCAUCUGGCAUGACAGAAUUUAUGUAUAGUGACGCUAUCAAUUUCACGUCGCCAGAGCAGACCUUGGACAACGAUUUAUUGUCACAGUUGCUCAGCAACCCCGAUGAUAACAUAGGACCCUUGUGCGGCAAAUGA